GCCGAGGUGUGAACGACACAUUGUGAAGUGCAGUCUUGAAUUACAUUUGACACCCAUACUCAAUAUAAGCCCCAGUGUAUGACGCAGUAGGUAACACUCUAGAGAUGACUCGAUGCUCUGUCUUCAUUUUGCUGGUGACCCUUGUUGCUGUGGGUGGCGAGAGUUUCUACCAGCUUGCCUUUUCAGCAGGCUUUAAGCGGGAUGCUACCUUUGCUCAAGGACAAGCCAUUGUCUACGAGCAGAUCCUCCUCAACAAUGGAAAUGGCUACAACAGGACCAUGGGCAUAUUUUAUUGUCCCCAGAGUGGAGUGUAUGCAUUUCAUUUCCAUGUCAUUUCUCAAAAUGGUAAAGAGGCAUACCUGCAGCUUCAUCACAACCACAACAGAGUGGCGAGCGCCUAUUGUCAACCACCUGGUCACACGGCUUCUGGGAACUCCGCUAUCCUUCAUCUGAAGACUGGCGACCAGGUGUGGGUGGAAGCAGCAAGGACUGCAUAUUUGCAUGGGACUCCAGCCAACAGUUACACUACAUUUUCUGGUUACCUCAUCUCCCCUUCGUUCGAUGUAAAACGUUAUUUUGGUGCAUCUGUGGGUGGUGAGAGCUUCUACCAGCUUGCCUUUUCAGCAGGCAUUAGGCGCGAUGUUACCUUUGCUCAAGGACAAGCCAUUGUCUACGAGCAGAUCCUCCUCAACACUGGAAACGUCUAUAACAGGACAAUGGGCAUAUUUUAUUGUCCCCAGAGUGGAGUGUACGCAUUUCAUUUCCAUGCUAUUUCUCAAAGUGGUAAAGAGGCAUACCUGCAGCUCCAUCACAACCACAACAAAGUGGCGAGCGCCUAUUGUCAACGAACUGGUUACACGGGUUCUGGGAACUCCAUUAUCCUUCAUCUGAAGACUGGCGACCAGGUGUGGGUGGAAGCAGCAAGGACUGCAUAUUUGCAUGGGACUCCAGCCAACAGUUACAAUACAUUUUCUGGUUACCUCAUCUCCCCUUCGUUCGAUGUAAAACGUUAGUAGUCCAAGAUGAUGCUACAACAUGUGCUCAUUGUGUCCGAAAUGUCGAAAGUGUAUCACACAGAGCACACAACCAUGUAAAGAUCUUGAAUCAGAGAUACAAUAAAGCAUGAUAUGUG